AAAAUAGUGUCCCGAGUGAGUCAACGUUGGCAGAACUGCUGGUCGCUCGCUGUUCAGUUUUUUCGCGUUGGCGCACUUUGCUUUGUCUACUUGUCUGAAGUUGGUAUUUUCUUGCCAUUAGACUCGACGGGUGCUCUCUGCGCUAGGGAUAUUUUCCACAGACAGUUGGCAAGAUGGGAAAGCAAUUUGGAACCCUCUAUAAGCUACGAGGAAUUGUUUUUUACCGACUUAGUCCGUACGAGCAGCGGGCAUUCGCAGGUGCGAUAUCUCAAGGUGUGCCGAACACAUUUCGUAGGAUAAAGGAAAACAUGUUCACGAUGGGAAUCCCCUUUUUAACAGCCUACUUGGUCUACGACUGGGUAGAAAAGGAAUACGCUCGCCUUCAAAGGAAGAACCCCAAGGAUUAUGAAAAUGACGUAUAAAUAAUUAGUAUUUACAUAGUUUAUUUAUAGAAGAUGGUUGGAAAGUCAAAUAACAUACAUGCAUAUAUCUAUCUGUACAGAGUAUCCGUGAAUACUUGCGUAUGUCGAAUGUCUGAAGUUGUACUACACGAAUAAAGUCUCCUGUCAAUUUAA